AUGUCACGAACACCUGCUAUCCCAGACACUCUCUUUCAAAGUACACUAAAGUGCCUUGUUGAUGUUGCUAAUAGUGAGACUGCAGCACUAGCCUCAGUGGCACUCCAAGCCUUAGGUCAUAUUGGGCUGAUUGUUCCAUUGCCUUCACUUAUUAUUGAUUUCGAAUUCAGGUUUGAGGAUGUCCUCUUUGCUGCUGGCGAGCUCUAUCAUUUCUGUGGGGUGGUGUUCCAGUGA